CCAGGUCUGACACAGGCAGGAGCUGCAGUGCAUCCAUGCUAGCCCCCUCAAGGGGAAACUCCAUGCCUAUCUGAGUCUGAUUUAUAUGUACAGAGACACCAACCAGGGGGCAGUACAGUGGGUGGCAAUCAAGAUGCCAACCUCAUGAGCAUGGUGGCCCGGUGGCACAAUGACGGUCCCCUUACUGAAAAUCGGGGCCGUGCUCAGCACUAUGGCAAUGGUCACCAACUGGAUGUCACAGACAUUGCCAUCACUUGUGGGUCUCAAUGGCACCAGAGGUGGUACUUCCGAGAAAAUAAUGCUCUUUCCCAGUCCUGAAGAUGGGUGGCAGAUAUACACAUCGGCACAAGCCCCAGACGGCAAAUGUAUCUGCACAGUGGUGGCUCCUGCACAGACCACCUGCUCCAGGGACCCCCGGAGUCGACAGCUAAGGCAGUUAAUGGAAAAGGUCCAGAACAUCUCCCAGUCCAUGGAAGUCCUCGAUUUACGUACAUUUAGGGAUCUGCAGUAUGUACGGAACACUGAGACCUUAAUGAAAGUCCUGGAUACCAAACUAAGAGCUACAGACAGUCAGAGAAGCAUUAACGCUAAAAGCUUUCAGGAGCUAAAGGAUAAAAUGAAGCAGCUGUUACCACUAAUCCCAGUCCUUGAUCAAUACAAAUCAGACACCAAGAUGAUUGUCCAGCUUAAGGAAGAAGUGAGAAACCUAUCCAAUGUCCUUCUAUUGAUCCAAGAGGAAAUGGGAGCUUAUGACUAUGAGGAACUUCAACAACGGGUUAUGAUCUUGGAGGCCAGGUUACAUGCUUGUAUGCAGAAACUAGGUUGUGGAAAACUCACAGGCGUCAGUAAUCCAAUCACAAUACGUGCCUCGGGUUCAAGGUUUGGGUCGUGGAUGACAGAUACUAUGGCCCCGAGUGCAGAUAACAGGGUGUGGUACAUGGAUGGCUACUACAAGGGGCGCAGAGUCUUAGAAUAUCGAAGCCUCAAUGAUUUCAUCAAAGGUCAGAAUUUUGUUCAGCACCUUCUUCCGCAUCCAUGGGCUGGUACAGGCCACGUGGUAUAUAAUGGGUCCCUUUACUACAACAAGUACCAGAGCAACAUUGUGGUGAAGUAUCAUUUUCGAUCACGAAGUGUCUCGGUGCAGAGAAGCCUUAACAACGCCGGCUACAACAACACCUUUCCUUAUUCCUGGGGUGGCUUCUCUGACAUUGACUUCAUGGUGGAUGAAAAUGGUCUCUGGGCAGUCUACACAACCAAUCAGAAUGCAGGCAACAUUGUAGUCAGCAAGAUAGAUCCUAUAACUCUUGAGAUCCUUCAGACCUGGGACACCGGUUACCCGAAACGCAGCGCUGGAGAGUCCUUUAUGAUAUGUGGGACCCUUUACGUCACCAAUUCUCAUUUGGCGGGAGCCAAAAUCUAUUUCGCUUACUACACAAAUUCGUCUACUUAUGAGUAUACAGAUAUCCCAUUUCAUAAUCAGUAUUCACACAUAUCCAUGCUGGACUACAACCCACGAGAGAGAGUCCUAUACACAUGGAAUAAUGGUCAUCAAGUUCUGUACAAUGUCACACUGUUUCAUGUGAUAAAGACUUCUGGAGAAUAAUGUUGACUGUAUAGGAUGAUCAUUCCACAUACUUUUGUUCUUUAUGGGUUUCCUUCUUUUUACAGUCUGAUAAUGUCAGUUAUUUCUAUGAAACGCACAGAACACAAAAAGACUUUCACGUGGUUGAGUGAGCAUGGUAUCAAAUAUACUUUUUUUCUGGUGGCAAAUAAAGACAGUAUUUGACAUUGACCAUUU